CAUGUUUGACACAAUUACCCUCAAAAUUCCAUUCACGGGCAUAUUUAUUUUCAAUUUUCAUGCUCUCAAUCUCAGGUCCUGUUUCUUCCAGAACAACCACUUAUUAAUUAUUAUUACAGAUUACAGACACAUCCCCCACCUCUCUCACUCCUUUUCCCCCCCUUUCAUUUCAAUCACUCGCAAAAUCAUCCCAAACUUCCUCAAAACAAAAUCAAAUAAUAUUCCCAAAAUAAUCUGAAUCUCAAUUUCACCUUCAACCUGGCUAAUCUCCAUGAAAAAGCACCAUCACAAAACCUCCAUUUCCACCAUCUUCAUCUUCUUCCUUCUCCUCCAUUUGCAACCCACAAUUUCAGAUCCGAAUGAUGAAGCUUGUUUAACUCAGCUCUACGCUUCCUUCCAAGACCCCAAUCAAAGUUUGAAAAACUGGACUCAAUCCAACUUCGCUAAUCCAUGUAAUGGUUUCGAUUCCCAUCUUCAAGGUGCCACGUGUAACAACGGUCGUAUUUACCGUCUUUCUCUCUCAUCCCUGAAACUUCGAGGUACUAUCUCUCCUUCACUCUCUAAAUGCAAUAAUCUUCAGACACUCGACCUUUCUUCAAACCAACUUUCAGGUGAGAUCCCUUCUGAGUUAAAAGACCUAUCUAACCUCGCUGUUCUUAAUCUUUCCGGUAACCGAUUAACCGGUCAGAUCCCACCUUCACUUUACCUUUGUGCUUACCUUAAUGUCAUUGACUUACAUGGAAACCAGUUAGUGGGUCCCAUCCCACAACAACUGGGUCUACUCGUACGACUCAGUACUUUUGAUGUUUCGUAUAAUAAAUUAUCGGGGAUGAUUCCGCCGUCGAUUGGGAAUCGCAGUGGGAAUUUACCCAGGUUUAAUGCGACGUCGUUUCAAGGGAAUAAGGAAUUGUAUGGGUACCCUCUUGAACCGUACAAAAGUAAAGGAUUGACUGUAAUGGCGAUUGUCGGAAUCGGGCUUGGAAGUGGGCUAUUGAGUUUGAUUGUUAGUUUUACUAUUGUUUGUAUUUGGUUGAAGAUUUCUGAACAAAAAAUGGCUGCUGCGGAAGAAGGCAAGAUUAGUCAGCUUAUGCCUGAUUAUUGAUUUUUUAAUUUUAUUUUUUUUGUAAUUUAAUUAUAUUAUAUGGAAAAUUGUUUUUAAAAAGUAUAGAUUAGCUAGAAAACAAUUUUUCCAGUUAUGGUUAGUAAUUUAAUUUUAUUGAUCUUAAUAUUGAGAGGGAGAGGGAUUAUUAUGUUGGGUGAUUUGAUAUUGACCUGUUUUUGUUGGGUAUCUUCUUUUUGGUGUAUUUUUGUAUUUUUAAAUUUUAGGAAAUGGACAAUGUACAUAGAAAAGAAUUUAACAUUCAGAGAAUCUUGUAUUUUGAGUAUAUUCGAGUUUAUGUUCAAUGGUUCGCUUUUGCUGAAUUAUGGUGUUUGCAAAAUUAUUUGAAUGACAAUGGUUUUAUUUGGA